AUUGUCGUGGUGUGCGUAUAGUUGGUCCGCGUGUGUUGUGCCGCUCUGCCUUGAUUGGAUUUAUUAUAGCUGAUCCUAAGGUGCACGAAUCUAGCAAUUAUAAGGUGCAUAAACGAAGGAUUUAGGAGAGAGGAAAAAGAGAAUGUGAUGGCCUAGGAUGGAGUCAUGCGACGACAACCCGCCUCACCGUACGAGAGUCCGCCAUCUAACUUCUACGUCAAGAGCGGGCUCGAUGGAGUGACGAUGCAUGACUACAAGCACAAGUACGGCACGCUAUCUGGGGGCAGCGCUCUUUCCAAGUCUAUGAAGUACGCGGAGACAUGGCUCUACGGCUCCAUGAAUGCUCGCCCCCAGAGCUCACGCCCGAGUCUCUUCAUGUAUCCGGAACCGCCGGGUCCCAACGUGAUCCUGGGCACACCGCAGCCAGGGGGCUACGCCCUGGUUAUGUGUGCUUGCGCGGACUUCCUCUCAGGGACUACCAGGAGUAAAAAGUCCUCAACGGCUGUCUGCAAGAAGUGCGGAGGCUCCAGGAGAACGUCAUGGAACGUGAAUUCUCCGACCGCCAUCAGAGGGUUUGGGACGGUCCGGCUGACUCAGCCGAAGAGUCGACCCGAGCUCCCUCUCUUGGAGGACUUAAAGGACCCCUACGAUAUCAUGAGGAAGUCUCGUCUAGCCACUGUCUCAUCUACCCUCAGGGUGCCACCAGAAGGGAGAUCCAGAGCUAAAAGCAGUUCACCUCCCGGACGAAGAAGAAGACGAAGUAAAUCUCCUCCUAGACACAGGUCUCCCGACAAUCGAUUCGUCGAUAGGAGAUCUUUAAAUCUAAAUAGUGUAGUUGACAAAAGUGACCUUUCUUCUAGAAAGUCAAUUUUAGAGUGCGAUGUUAACCCUUAUGAACUGAUUUCUCAGUACCUAAAGAACAGCGAUCCGGUUGACUCGAGGUUUUCAAUCGAAGAGGACGAGUUUAGUGACAAUUUGAGUGAGAAUGCGUUGGACGAUGGCACGUACGGGGGCAGGAAAAGUGUGAAGUCUAGAAGUGUAGAUGAUAAAAAGAAACCACGAAAAUCAGUCGCUCCUGGUAGCAUCAGAAGCAAAAAAGGUUUUUUGGAUACGUACAAAACUAAAUGGGAGGACCCUUCGAGGGCAUCAGAGCCUCUCCCAGGAGGUGUUAGUAUAGGGGGACAGAGGAUACGGCUGUUCAACAACAGUGAUCCUCUUCCAAAUGUUGUCAGCGCCAAUGAAUUUGUAAGCGACUCCGACAACGAAGAAGAAGAAAUAUACGACAUGGAGAAACACAAAGCGUGGUUUUCCGAGAAAAAGGAUGUGGAAUCCAUAAAACCUAAAGGUUCGCAAAUUCCGAGGUUAACAAAUUCUCCGAAAAGGCCACCAAGGAAGGCAAAAUCCCGUUUGGAACCUGUAAAUAGUAGCAAACCUUCUGCAAAAAACUCCAACGAGACUGGUGGAAAAAACAGAGUUAAUUUUGCGUUAGAUGUUCCUACCCAAACCAAUCGAAGAUCAAACUCUCUCACAUCUUCGGCGUCUCUAGAAAUAAAAUCUAUUCUGAAAAAACCUAACUCGACUUUGAACCUAUCCGAAAGUACAAACCUCUCCCAUAGUCCAACUACUUUUGGUAGUGUAUCACCGAGGCAAGAUGGUGAAACAGGGGCUCGAUCUGUUACGCCCUCUGCAACAAGAAAUGUAUAUCUGCCGACUUUUAAGGAUUUCAAGCAACAACAGAACCGGAAGAAAAAACAAGUUCAGUUCAAGGUCACAGAGGGUUCGGAUGACAACAUUCUGGAGGGUCCCGCGGUGAUAGCCGAACGUGAGGAGGACAUGACCUCUGCAGUGACUACAGUAACUCCAACAGUCCUAACACCUGACGUGGUGAUCACCAAUCCAGAGAGCUCUGAGGUCCUCAGGCUCCAAUUUUUUGGCGACAACCAGGAGGAUGCUCAAGCUGUCAACCAGACGCGGUCUGAAGACAGACCUCAUAGCUCCCUGGACGCCCCACGGAUGAUGGAUGAAGACUCGUCUGAAGACCAAGAUGAAGGGCGGAGCACGAACCGACUCCAGAGGAGCCUUAGUGACCGCAUGUCUCCAGGAGCGGACCCAGGGUCCAAGUUCAAUGACACAAUGCGCCUGCGGCUACGAGCAGGUCGCAGAGACUCACGGGACACCUUCACUGAGGGAGGGAGAAAGCCUGAGCGCAGAGUGUUGAGUCCAGGACGUCCUAGGCCUAGAGAACCGCCACCACCGCCUCCACCACCCGCUGCAGAGAACUCUCUUCUCCUCGUAGAUUCUAAUCUUCAGGACUUAACAAACUGCGAAGAUAUAAGCAUCUUUCAGCAACACCAUAUGGCGAAUCAAUCUAUCGCGGAUUCGCCAGCACCUGAAUGUUCCCCUCCUCCGCCCCCUCCUCCGCCAAGACAGAUAUUUCCCUUCACAAGAGAGCAGAUCGAGAAGAUAAACCAGAAUAAAGGAAGGAGUUGUGAUCUGAGGCCUAGAAGUUCUUCCAACUCUCCGGUCAGAAAUAGAGCAGAUUCUUCUCCCUCUGGGAGAUUAUUCCCGAGGAGGACCUCUCUCACGUUCCCCAUAUCUGCGGCCACAGAUGAUGUAGAAGAGGGCCCAUUGUGGAAUCGGGAAUCGAGCAUUGCGAAUGAAAAUUUUGCCACUUUGAUGCCCUUGGAAGAAAAUGUACCUGCAAUGGAGACACUCUCCAGUGUAACGGAGGUCUAUGAAGCACUUGAAAAGAAUUCUAAAGGAGUCGAUGAAAGUGAAGACGAAACGGGAGCUCAAUUGGAAGAAACUAUUGUGGAGCAAUCUGUCAAACUGCAUAUCCCUUUGGCAUCAGACUCCACGGUCACGAAUGAUCAAGAGGUUACUCAAAAUUGUACGAUAGUGACGGUGUCCUCUCCCUCGCACAAGAUGUCAGUUACCAGUCCAAAAACUCACCCUAACAGGAGGACAUCAAUCAUGAUCACGGGAAAGGAGAAUGAUCAGAGUGAACAUAAAGUCAUCAAAACAUCAGUGGUGAUUGGGGAUUACAAGCCUCCGGUGAGCAACACAGGAAGUAACAAAGUAACAAUAAACGUGGGUGGGUUUGAUUACCAUAACAAUAAAAAUAAGACUGCUAAAAAUAAUACGCAAAUUGAAAUAAGAAGUGAAUACAAAAGCAAUGUGACUAUUGGUCCCAGUGAUAACAAAAGCAGGACACUUUUGAUCGUCGAACCAUCCGUAGCUCCCGAAGUUGAUACUUCUACCAAAGAAAAUGAAGCAGUACUUAGAAAGAGCGAUACUGUAAAAGAAAACACAAUAAAUAAAGAAGCUCAAGAAGAAAUAAAUAAGUUGAUACGAAGUAACGUAGAUCCUGUAGAAGCAGCAAGGAAAAAUAUAGUUCCACAUGUUUGUGGACUCAGUAAAUCGUCUCAAGAAGAAAAAGAAAGGCAAGGUACCCACGAUUGUCUUGUAACAGUGAAAGACGAAAAGUUUACUACGAAAGGUCCAGAACAUAUUGAAGACACAACGGACGCCCAGAUAAUGCCUGACAUUCAGUCGUCUAUAGAGCCAGAAGAAAACUUGGACGAUGACGUGUUCGCAUCAAAGGAUGACACAGAUGAAAACUCCGAUUGUUACGUCUGUGCUAAGAAUCUGAAGAAAUCCGGUAAGGUCAAGUCGGAUGAGGAGGAAGAAGUGAGGAUAGGGCUGGAGUUCGAUUCUGAUGAGAAUCACUAUGAAAUCAUUCGCGAUCCUAUAUACGAGGAGAUUUCAGACACACCACCUCCCCUUCCUCUCUCACCGCCUCCUACCACCGUGGAUAUCAACGAUUCUAUCCCGACCAGGUCGAUAUUUGAAGGCGCCAGCAAAUAUGAUAUUCUGAACUACUUGGAGACAGCCAAGGAGAGGGGAAUUGUUGUGGAGUCAGAGGAUGACUCUGAGGUCAGAAGUCCAGAGCACUCUCGCAUCAGUUCAUUAGAUCUCAGCAGCCGUAUCAGCCAGCUGAGCAAUGCCAGUGACUCAAGUGAGGACUCUUGUAACCUCAUCAUAUCUCCAACAGACACUGCCUCUAUUACAUCCGAUAAGGUACGCAAGAGCAGUGUGGAGAUAGAGAGAAAUGACUCUGGAGUCGGCUCUGAGACCAGCAAGUGCUCCAGGAGCAGAUGGCAGCAUCUGCCAGCCAGUCACCAACAUGGCUGCGAGGACUGCGAUCAACCGGUGGAGACCCAGGUCACAGACAGUGGCCUGAUGUUCGCCCCGCUGGUGUGCCGGAAGUGCGCCAAGAGAAGAGCAGAGCGGCGCGAGAUAAUCACCGAGAUCGUUGAGACGGAGGAGAAGUAUGGCAGAGAUCUCAAGAUCAUCCUGGAGGAAUUCUACCGGCCAAUGUUGGUGGCGGGGUUGCUGUCUCCGGAGCAGCUCUCGGCCAUCUUCCUGAACGUGGAGGAGCUGCUGGAGAACAACGCGGCCCUAGCGGAGAAACUGAGGGACGCUCUGGAGAUCGCGACUGACCAAGGAGACGAGGACCUGCUCACCGUCAACAUCGGCAGCAUCUUCUUGGACGCUGUGCCCAUGCUGCAUGCCUUCGAAUCCUACUGCACCAGACAGGGAGCUGCUUCACUGCUUCUAGCCAAUUUGGAGAAGGAGAAGGAACUGCUCCGGAUAUUCCUGAGGGUCUCACAGAUGGAGAACUCUGUCCUCAGGAGGAUGAACCUCAACUCAUUCCUCAUGGUGCCAGUCCAGCGCGUGACCAAGUACCCGCUCCUGCUGGCGCGCCUGUAUCGUGUCACUCCGGGCCACCUGAAAUCUAGGGAGGCCCUCCGAAUGGCACAGACUAAGAUAGAGCUUCACCUGGAGCAUAUCAACUCGCUAGCUAAGGACAUCAGCACAACCAAGUUAUGGCGCAGGAUAUCGAUUAUCAACGGGAGAAGGUCAAGCAGUGAAACUGACAUGAUCAAUAUAAAAUUGAGGAAGGUGGCAGUGGAUGUGCUGGAGUGGAACCAUGAUGAGGUGAGGUUUGCAAUGGAAGGGAAGCUUCUGUACACUCAGCCCACAGACAACAACUGGCGUCGUGGUCGCACAAUCAAACUGAGCCCAGUCAACGCCAUGUUGGUCACCCUUGGCAAGCCCACGGAAGACUAUCAACCAGAUUCUGAUGAGAUCUUAGCAUUUCCAAGGAAGAACGGAAUCAGAGAUGCCACUCUGCUGUUGGUUAGAGAGAAGAGCGGACGAUAUGGACUACUAAGGGAGCCUCUGUUCCUUGACCGGUGCAUCAUCUGUUCUGAGGCUGAUGUGGAGGACUACUUCGAAGUUCAGGAGCUUGCUACCAAAGACACCUACUUGUUCAAGGCAGAAGAUGGUGACCAGACAAAGCGUUGGUUCCGACAACUCCAGUACCACGCGCAGGGGCUGGGAGCUUGGCGUAAACGACGUAACGCUCUCGCUAACAUCAUGAUCAACGGUAUGCAACUGCGGACGUAGCGACAGUGGACACCCCUGCUGACCCUACGCUAUCCAGAGAUCACCAUCAGUUGGCAGACGAGAAGCAGCAGGUAUCGCAACUAAACACGUCUAGGUGCCCCGGGCCUCGGAACUUCUACUUACACGCCUGGCAGUUUAAACUAACAUUCAGAUUGCUGUAAAGAGUCCAAGUUUCUCAUGCAGGCUUACAAUUCUAAAAAUAUACAUUCUUAUCCUUCUUCAACGACAGGAGUACAAAAAUCUUAUCAGCACCUUUCCAAAGUGUUUAUUGUCUUAAAGACUGUAAAAGUUUUUCCUACUUGCUUUUAUAAAAUAAAAAUAGGUUAAAUUAAAUUAUAGCUUUCUUAACGAGUGUGUACUUGUUUCAUGGUUGUAUGAUAAAAUUGUAUAAUUUGUGGAUACCUUGUAAAUUUUUCACUGUGAUACCGUAAGUGUUAUUCAGUGUGUAAACAUGUAAUUUCAUGUAACAGGCUAAGAGUAAUUGUAAAUGUACUGUAAAAAUAUUAACUUCUCAAUGUAACUUACAUUUAGUGCUUAUUGACUAUUAGGUAUAAUUAAAGCGAUAAAUUACG